UCCGCGUAUUCCGCCUUCACCACCGGAAUGUUUAGUCGUGUACACAGGAAGUGAAUUCAAGUCAUCCAGACAAACAGGCUGUAACUCGCUAGUAUAUCAAAGUAUUCAAGCAGUUCAUUUAAUUGGAGAUAGUAGUAUAUUGUUUAUUCAAGAUGCUGAUCAAAGUAAAGACCCUCACCGGAAAAGAAAUAGAGAUCGACAUCGAGCCCACAGACAAGGUGGAGCGAAUUAAAGAAAGGGUGGAGGAGAAGGAAGGGAUCCCCCCGCAGCAACAGAGACUCAUCUACAGUGGAAAACAGAUGAACGAUGAGAAAACAGCAGCAGACUACAAGAUCCAGGGCGGCUCGGUGCUCCAUCUUGUGCUGGCGCUAAGAGGCGGCUCGACGCUCCACCGGCCCGUCACACACCGUUCCUCCUCGUCAUGAGCCGCUGUCGUCAUGGCGCCCAGCCGAGUGCCAACGCUGUAGGUGUCCGUCACCGUCUAACCAUGUUUCAGCACACAGAUCUGAAAUCCCCACGCUCCCGGGCCGUCGCAAACAAAAAAAAGAAAAUCAACCAAAACAAGAAGAAGAAGAAGAAAAAAAAAAGGACGUUCUCAUUCCUUUGUAGAUGUUUUUGUAAACCCACAUUGGCUUUCUGAGUUUGACCAGUUGAUGCAGGCACCCAUGCAGUACAAAAGACAGUUUGGAAACACUGUGGUCUUUUUUUUUGCUUGUGAAUAAAUGCUAAAGUUGA